CCUCCCGAGGCCGCCGGCAGUUGAUGCGGAAGGUGAAGAAACUGCGCCUGGACAAGGGGCACACGGGCGCGUGGCGGAGCUUCACACUGAAUUCCGAGGGGGCUGAGAGGAUGGCCAGCGCAGGGGCCCCGACGACUGAGCGGGGCGACGCAGCCGCCGUGGAGGACGCAGGCGGCCACUUCCAGGUGCAGAAGCACUCGUGGGAGGGCCUGCGAAGCAUCAUCCACGCCAGCCGCAAGUACUCGGGCCUCAUCGUCAACAAGGCGCCCCACGACUUCCAGUUCGUGCAGAAGACGGAUGAGACUGGGCCGCACUCGCACCGCCUCUACUACCUGGGAAUGCCUUACGGCAGCCGAGAAAACUCGCUGCUCUACUCUGAGAUCCCCAAGAAGAUCCGCAAGGAGGCUUUGCUGCUCCUGUCCUGGAAGCAGAUGCUGGAUCACUUCCAGGCCACGCCCCACCACGGGGUCUACUCACGGGAGGAGGAGCUCCUGCGGGAGCGGAAGCGCCUGGGCGUCUUUGGCAUCACCUCCUACGACUUCCACAGCGAGAGCGGCCUCUUCCUCUUCCAGGCCAGCAACAGCCUCUUCCACUGCCGCGACGGGGGCAGGAACGGCUUCAUGGUGUCCCCCAUGAAGCCGCUGGAGAUCAAGACCCAGUGCUCGGGGCCCCGGAUGGACCCCAAGAUCUGCCCCGCCGACCCCGCCUUCUUCUCCUUUGUCAACAACAGCGACCUGUGGGUGGCCAACGUCGAGACGGGCCAGGAGCGGCGGCUAACCUUCUGCCACCAGGGUCUGUCCAAUGUCCUGGAUGACCCCAAGUCUGCAGGUGUAGCCACCUUUGUCAUUCAGGAGGAGUUUGACCGCUUUACCGGGUACUGGUGGUGCCCCACGGCCUCCUGGGAAGGUUCAGAGGGCCUCAAGACACUGCGCAUCUUAUACGAGGAAGCCGACGAGUCUGAGGUGGAGGUCAUCCAUGUGUCCUCGCCCGCGCUGGAGGAGAGGAAGACGGACUCCUACCGCUACCCCAGGACAGGCAGCAAGAAUCCCAAGAUCACCUUGAAGCUGGCCGAGUUCCAGACGGACAGUCAGGGCAAGAUCGUCUCGGCCCGGGAGAAGGAGCUGGUGCAGCCCUUCAGCUCGCUGUUCCCCAGGGUGGAGUACAUCGCCAGGGCGGGGUGGACCCGGGACGGCAAAUACGCCUGGGCCAUGUUCCUGGACCGGCCGCAGCAGCGGCUCCAGCUCGUCCUCCUGCCCCCCGCCCUGUUCAUCCCAACCCCCGAGAGCGAGGAGCAGCGGCUGGUCUUGGCGCGAGCUGUUCCCAGGCACGUCCAGCCACAUGUGGUAUACGAGGAGGUCACCCACGUCUGGAUCAACGUCCACGACAUCUUCUACCCCUUCCCCCAGUCCGAGGGCCAGGAGGAGCUCUGCUUCCUCCGCGCCAACGAGUGCAAGACCGGCUUCUGCCAUCUGUACAGGGUCACGGCUGUCCUGAAAGCCAAAGGCUAUGACUGGACUGAGCCCCUCAGCCCCGGGGAAGAUGAAUUUAAGUGCCCCAUUAAGGAGGAGAUUGCGCUGACCAGCGGCGAGUGGGAGGUUCUGGCAAGGCACGGCUCCAAGAUCUGGGUCAACGAGGAGACCAAGCUGGUGUACUUCCAGGGCACCAAGGACACGCCGCUGGAGCACCACCUCUACGUGGCCAGCUACGAGUCCCCCGGGGAGGUCGUGCGCCUCACCACGCCCGGUUUCUCCCACAGCUGCUCAAUGAGCCAGAACUUCGACAUGUUCGUCAGCCACUACAGCAGCGUGAACACGCCACCCUGUGUGCACGUCUACAAGCUGAGCGGCCCUGACGACGACCCCCUGCACAAGCAGCCCCGCUUCUGGGCCAGCAUGAUGGAGGCUGCCAGCUGCCCCCCAGAUUACGUGCCCCCUGAGAUCUUCCACUUCCACACGCGCACCGACGUGCAGCUCUACGGCAUGAUCUACAAGCCGCACGCGGUGCAGCCAGGGAAGAAGCAUCCCACCGUCCUCUUCGUGUAUGGAGGCCCUCAGGUGCAGCUGGUGAAUAACUCCUUCAAGGGCAUCAAGUACCUGCGGCUCAACACGCUGGCGUCCUUGGGCUACGCUGUGGUUGUGAUCGACGGCCGGGGCUCGUGUCAGCGGGGACUCCGGUUCGAGGGGGCCCUGAAGAACCAAAUGGGCCAGGUGGAGAUUGAGGACCAGGUGGAGGGCCUGCAGUUCGUGGCCGAGAAGUACGGGUUCAUAGACCUCAGCCGCGUCGCCAUCCACGGCUGGUCCUACGGGGGCUUCCUGUCGCUCAUGGGGCUGAUCCACAAGCCCCAGGUGUUCAAGGUGGCCAUCGCGGGCGCCCCGGUCACUGUCUGGAUGGCCUACGACACAGGCUACACCGAGCGCUACAUGGACGUGCCCGAGAACAACCAGCAGGGCUACGAGGCGGGCUCCGUGGCCCUGCACGUGGAGAAGCUGCCCAACGAGCCCAACCGCCUCCUCAUCCUCCAUGGCUUCCUGGAUGAAAACGUGCACUUUUUCCACACAAACUUCCUCGUGUCCCAGCUGAUCCGGGCAGGAAAACCGUACCAGCUGCAGAUCUACCCCAACGAGAGACACAGCAUCCGCUGCCCGGAGUCGGGCGAGCACUACGAGGUGACGCUGCUGCACUUUCUCCAGGAAUACCUCUGAGCCGGCUGCCACGCCGCCCGCCGGGCCGGCGCAGACAUCAGAGCACAAGUGGCU